AUGGAGACGAGCGAGGAUUUACCCAACUCCAACGGAAAUGAAUAUGCCGGGGCUUCAGGAUCUAAAACUAAUCAGAAAGCGGGCUCUAAUGAUUUCGUCCGCAAGCUGUUCAAGAUACUGGAAGAUGGACAAUAUAGCCAAAUAGCGAAGUGGACAGAAGAUGGCGAUAGCUUUGUCGUUUUGGAUACAAACGCAUUCACCACUCAAAUCCUUCCCCAGCAUUUUAAACACUCGAAUUUCUCCAGUUUUGUGCGACAGUUGAACAAAUACGAUUUCCACAAAAUCAAGAGAACAACAGAGGAAAAACAAAACUCUCUGUAUGGAGAACACAGCUGGGAGUUCAAACACCCGCAUUUCAGGAUCCACGAUGAGGAACAGUUGGAUAACAUCAAGCGGAAGUCUGCUCUGCAGAAAAAAAUCAUGUUGGAUGAAAAUACGGUGCUAGUGAAAAGUCAAAACGGCAUUGACAAUGGUUCACUGGAUUCCGCCACGGAAAUGCUUCUAAACAACACGGUCACAAAGUCGAAGUUUCAUCAGAUGAAGCGCAGAGUUGAAUCUUUAGAACAAGAAGUCACGUAUUUGAAGAAUGAAAACUAUGAGCUCAAGCUAGGGUAUCAAAAAUCGCAAUCUCGUUAUAACACAUUAUUGGAAAACCUCAUAGCGACGAAAGAAUUCAGCAACGUGCUGGUGACCAAUUUCAAUGUUUUGAUCAACAGCUUAACUUCCCAGGGUUUAGAAUUCCCAGCAACACUUACUUUCAACGCAACAAUGCCAACAACAAACUCCAUGAAACCUGUUGGAUCGCCACAAAUGAGUUCCGUUGUCCCCACACUGCCGGCGAAAAAGCCUUCACAAAUAGAGUCUGGCCCACCUUCUACCACCCCACAGAUGAUUUUAGAUCAUCCAAUCCUACGUCCAGGGUUCCACGUACUCUUAGUGGAAGACGAUUCCAUAUGCAUCCAGCUCUGUUCCAAGUUUCUGAUGAAAUAUGGAUGCACAGUAGAAGUUGUUACGGAUGGGUUAUCGGCCAUUUCAACGCUGGAAAAAUUCCGGUAUGACUUGGUCCUUAUGGAUAUCGUGAUGCCAAACCUAGAUGGUGCUACCGCAACAUCAAUAGUCAGGAGUUUCGAUAAUCAUACGCCAAUUAUCGCCAUGACUGGGAAUAUCGAAGAUCAAGAUUUGGUAACUUAUUUGCAGCACGGCAUGAAUGAUAUAUUGGCUAAGCCUUUUACCAAAGACGAUUUGCAUUCCAUGCUGAUACGGUAUCUGAGAAAUCGGGUGCCGCUGUGUGAACAAAGGGGGGAACCUCCGUCAAAAGAAGCACGGACCCCUCCCUUGCCGCAUGAUACAGACGUCUCCAGUCUAAUUCGUGAAGAACCGCUCACAAAAAAACAGCACGUUUAA